AUGGGAGUCAUAGAUUUAACCAACCUACCCAUCUCAGAUGAUGAAGGGGGCGCAGUGUCCCGCGAAGAGCUCGAAAAUGCGGUCGACGGCAUGACUGAAGCACGCCUUCGGAAGAUAGUACUCAUGCUGGCCGACAGGAUACCGGCGUUUAGAAGCGCACUGGUGGAGGAAGCCAUGGUGGUCAGCGGCAAGAAGAGAAAGGCUGUUCCAAGAUGGGAUGUAUGUGCCAAUUGCAAGGAGGAAUACGACGUAAGUGGCGAACGUGAUGACGAGGAGUGUUGCUAUCAUCCAGGUGAUCUAGAUGUCGAUGAGGAGUGUUUCCCAGACCAUGACGAAGACUGUCAUGGUCCAAUGGACACAGAGGAAAAUAGAGCGCAAAUGCCGCAGGGAUUUAUCUGGGACUGUUGUGAUGAGAACGCGCUGUCUGAAGGAUGUGAAACUGGACAGCAUGUUUCUGGAGGCAAGUUCAAGAAAAGACGUUGA